CUUUUUUACUGACACAUCGCCCUUUUUAGGAAAACAAUGACCUAAUUACGGGCCAAGUACCGGCAUCCUGAUUCAGGGCCCCAAGAGCAGGAUCUAAUCUAAUAAUCUCUUCCGGCACCUUUGAUUCGAGUGCUGUCCUACUCUUUGACUACGCACGAUAGGGAUCCGCUUGCCAUCUCCACUCAACCCCUUUCCCCUUUUCAGCCCACAUCCGCAUUCAGUCAAGAUGUCAUUGCGGAUCAAUUCAUCCACAGUUAUCGUGCGGUCGCUCCCGGCGGGUGCUCGCUCCCCCGCUAUCAGACUUGCCCCCACCAUUACUGCGAGGGCAUACCACUCCGGAGCCAGAAGACCGGACGGAACAGAACUUCCCAAUAUUCGGAAAGCUGAGAGACCUCCCAUCGGACCCCUAAAUGCACCUAUCGUGAACCCUGCCGACAAAUACAAAUCCAGCUCCGAAUCCCUCCACGCCUACGGCCGCUACCUAAUUUCCGCCCUGCCAAAGUACAUCCAACAAUUCAGUAUCUGGAAAGACGAAUUAACCAUCUACAUCGCGCCCUCGGCCAUCUUACCCUACACGCAAGUGAGCGAUAUAACAGCGGUGGACUACCCGACCCGCAUCAACCGCUUCGAAGUGGUCUACAACCUCCUGUCCAUCCGCCACAACUCGCGCAUUCGGGUCAAAACCUACGCCGACGAGGCCUCGCCCGUUCCCAGCAUUACGGGGCUAUACGAUGGCGCGAACUGGUACGAGAGGGAGGUGUACGACCUCUUUGGGGUGCUGUUCGUGGGCCAUCCGGACUUGAGGAGGAUCAUGACGGACUAUGGCUUCGAUGGACAUCCGCUCAGGAAGGAUUUUCCGCUCACAGGGUAUACCGAGUUGAGGUAUGAUGAGGAGAAGAAGAGGAUUGUGGUGGAGCCUUUGGAAAUGACGCAGGCCUUCAGGAACUUCCAGGGCGGUAGCAGCGUCUGGGAGCAGGUUGGGAGUGGGAAGGAUGAUAAGCCCGAUUCGUUCAAACUCCCAACACCAAAAUCAGAGACGAAACCAGCGGAGAAGAAAUAA